AUGACUAAACUCUUGGUUUCUUGUAACUGUCAAGAUGAGCAUCACCUUCUUAUCGGCGAUUCUUCCAAUCUUUCAAAAUCGACCAUUUUUAAGAUUAGGUCGAUAGUUGAGUCUGGUGCAAAGGCCAUUCUAAUCAAUCCCUUUUUGAGUCCAGAAAAUCUUUCGGGCUCAAUUAUAUUUAAGACUGAGGCCGAGAAUGAGAAUUUCUAUGGAGAUCGAUUAGAGAUUGUGAACAAGCAGUUUGAGCUGAGCGAUCUCGAGCGAUAUGGACGGGUGGAGGUGGACUGCAUAGCAGACAAAGUGUUUGUGGAUUUGCAUAAUACGUAUGAGUCUCGAGCCAUUGCAGUGCAGUGUAGACGGCUGAGAAUUCCUGUUAAUGUGACCAAUAGCUCUGAACUGUCUUCCUUUAGCAUGCUUUCUACGUAUUCCAACGGUGAUCUUCAAGUUGGUGUUACCACCAACAACCAGGGAUGUAAAUUGGCUAAUAGGAUUAAACGAGAAUUGGUGCAGAAUUUGCCCGACAAUAUUGACCAGAUUGUGUGCAAUGUAGGAGAAUUGAGAAGGAGAGUUCGGGGUGAAGGAGAUGACGAUGGAGAGGAGAACGAGACACUGAAAAUCUCUGAAGCGGAUAAACAGCACGUUAGAUCUUCUUGGUUGUCACAGAUCAUUGAGUACUUUCCAUUGAGCAAACUUGCCGAUAUCUCAAUCGACGACCUCGGUGAAAGUUACCGUGAUGAAUUGAAAUGUUCAUCAAAAAGUCCUAAGGAAGGAAGAGUUACAUUAGUUGGUUCGGGGCCCGGUUCUCUUUCUUUGCUCACUAUUGGAGCUCUAAAUGCAAUCUACAAUGCAGAUAUUGUCCUAUGCGACAAGCUUGUUCCUCAAGAGAUCAUUGAUACUAUUCCUAAACGGACGGAAUUAUUUAUAGCUCGGAAAUUUCCUGGUAAUGCCAGAAAAGCCCAGCAAGAGUUGCAUGAACUCGGUCUUAAAUGUCUUGCUCAAGGUAAAAGGGUGGUGCGAUUAAAGCAGGGUGACCCUUAUAUCUUUGGUAGAGGAGGUGAGGAGUUCCAGUUCUUCAGCGAGAAUGGAUAUAGGCCAGAAGUAAUUGCUGGAUUAAGUUCCGCACUAGUAGCACCUGUGAUGGCGGAUAUUCCAACCACGCAGAGGGAUGUCUCUGACCAGGUACUUAUCUGUACCGGUACAGGUAAGAAUGGCCAGGUACCAGACAAUUUACCAGAGUUUGAGGCAAAGAGAACGGUGGUAUUUCUCAUGUCCAUUAAAAAAAUUGUGGACAUUCUACCGGUUCUCACAGAACACAAAAGUUGGCCAGUCAAUCUUCCUGUCUGUGUAGUGGAAAGGGCCUCGUGUCCUGAUCAGAGGGUGAUAAGAACACGGUUAGGAGAUUUAGCGGAAGUGAUGCAAAAUGUCGAAAGCAGGCCUCCCGGCUUAAUCAUUACAGGCUACUCGUGCGAAUUUAUGGUACCCAGCUUAGGUUCGGGUGAAAAAUAUAGGGUGGAACAAGGUCGCUCCAUCACCGGUCAUUCCGAUACAUUCAUUAACGAUAAUAUAAUCAAAAGGAUGGUAGGAUCUUUGAAGGCAUGA